CUACAUCCCCGACUCCCGGGAGGGUUGCGAGGCCCGCCCACUCUCCCCGGGCGGCCCCCGGGGCCUGCUCGCCGCAGCCUGGACCCCAGGCCCUGGCCAGCCACCAUGCGGCCGCCUGCGGGCCCAGCCACGCUCCCGCGCGCACUGCUGCUCCUGCCAGUCCUUCUGGGCUCAGGUUGGGGGGAAUUGGCACCCCAAAUUGAUGGUCAGACCUGGGCAGAGCGGGCACUUCGGGAGAAUGAACGCCAUGCCUUCACCUGCCGGGUGGCAGGAGGUCCUGGCACGCCUCGAUUGGCCUGGUACCUGGACGGACGGCUCCAGGAAGCCACCACCUCAAGACUUCUCAGUGUGGGUGGGGAGGCCUUCUCCGGAGGUACCAGCACCUUUACUGUCACUGCUCAGCGGGCCCAGCAUGAGCUCAACUGCUCCCUGCAGGACCCAGGCCGUGGCCGGUCAGCUAAUGCCUCCGUCAUCCUCAAUGUGCAGUUUAAGCCGGAGAUUGCCCAGGUUGGAGCCAAGUAUCAGGAGGCUCAGGACCCAGGCCUCCUGGUUGUCUUGUUUGCUUUGGUGCGUGCCAACCCACCUGCCAAUGUCACCUGGAUUGACCAAGAUGGACCAGUGACUGUCAACACCUCUGACUUCCUGGUGCUGGAUGCUCAGAACUACCCCUGGCUCACCAACCACACUGUGCAGCUGCAGCUCCGCAGCCUGCCACACAACCUCUCGGUGGUGGCCACCAAUGACGUGGGUGUCACGAGCGCCUCGCUUCCAGCUCCAGGACUCUGGGCCGCCCGGGUGGAGGUGCCACUGCUGGGCAUCGUUGUGGCCGGAGGGCUUGCCCUGGGCACCCUCGUGGGCUUCAGCACCUUGGUGGCCUGCCUGGUCUGCAGGAAAGAAAAGAAAAUCAAAGGUCCUUCCCGGCGCCCAUCUCUGAUCUCUAGUGACUCCAACAACCUGAAACUCAACAAUGUGCGCCUACCGCGGGAGAAUAUGUCCCUCCCGUCCAACCUUCAGCUCAACGACCUCACUGCCGAUCCCCGAGGGAAACCAGUAGAACAACCAAUGGCUCGGAACAGCAGCCGGCCAGAGCUUCUGGAAGCUGAGACUGGGGGCCUUCUCACCAGCCGAGGCUUCAUCCGCCUGCCCAUGCUGGGCUACAUCUACCGAGUGUCCAGCGUGAGCAGCGAUGAGAUCUGGCUGUGAGCUGCGUGGGGGAGAGGGGAGCGCUGCCCCUGGGCACCCCCAGCCACCCCCUGCCCCGCUGGGUUGCCAGCACGAAGAGGCCCGUGCUGCUGCUGCCUGCUGGCACUCCCGCAAGGAGUCCCCCGGGAGCUGUGUGUGACAUUGCAGUUGCGCUGGGAUCAGAUGCACGAGGCAGGACUGCCAACCAGAACUCGGUCCUUUGCGCUUCCUGGUGCCUAGGCCCAGGCAGUGGACGCUGGCCAGGUGAGUUUCGGUGUCACCUGUAUGGUGUAGGCUGCUAGGUGCCCACACGGACUCCUCGGCACCUGUGCAGGAGGCCCGGAGGCUGCCUGCCGGCUUGAGGGACAAAGAGGGCCCUGCAUGUCCUUCCGACACUAUGUAGCUUUGUUCCCUCAGGGAGAAUGUAGUCCCCUACGAGCUGCACAGGAACAGCCUAGGCCCUGGGGCCAUUGGCAAGCACAAAGAGCCCCUUUUGCUGCACACCUCUGCCCUUUCCCACCUGGGCCCCACCUCCUCUUGGGCACUGUAGUCUACGCCCUGGGCCUCCUCCUGGUUGGGCUCUGGAAGCCCCCUUGGCCCUGCACCCAUGGUGUUGGGGAGGGAGAGAGGUGACUAGUUUGGUGGCAUCCAGGGUAGCAUGAAGCUAUGCAUCGUUUUUUCCUGUUAGCACUUUAAGCACAUCCCCUAGGGGACGGGGUGCGAGGGCCUGGAGCCCCGUUGGCUUCCCCAAGUUUCCUGUGAUUCACUGUGUCGCGAGUUCUCAGGAUUGAUGGUUUCCCUCUCAGCAUGUCUCCCUCCCACGGACCCCAGCCCCACAUCAGCCGGAAGCCCCCGUCCUGCACCAUCGUGUUCUUUAGGGGUUGGUUGUAAGCAGGGACAGAGGGACAUGGAGAAAAAGGGAGACCAGAUACCCCCAAAUGACCUCAGAAUGCUUUAAGAAGCAACAUGGAAGUGCUUGAAUAACAGAGUGCAGAGUAUAUUUUUCCCUUGUUGCUCUCUUGUUUUGUAAUUGUUCUCACAUUAUUGCCCAGGACAGUGCUGAGCACAGUAAACUCAAACAUGAA